AUGCAAUUCCUCAUCACCAUCCUCCUGGCCCUCUCCGCCACGGUCCUCGUCUCCGCCAAGCACCACCCCAACCCCAAGAAACCACUUUGUGUGGCAACAAGAGCGAUGGAUCGUCCGUCGGUGUCAUCUGCACCAACCACUGCUGGGUGGUCAACCCUGACCAGCACUGUUAAGUGCGAGAUGGAGUGA